GGGUGUGCGCCUGCGCCGAGCUACGGGCUAGGGCGUGUUCCUCGUUCCGGUCCGCUUUUUGCACUGACCGAGUGCACCUCCUGCCACUGAAUUGUGCCCUGCGGAAGCCCGUGCUUCCCUCGCCCAACCUGUUAGGUGCUGCCCUCCGCGAACAUGUCCAAGUCUUUGAAAAAGUUGGUGGAGGAGAGCCGGGAGAAGAACCAGCCGGAAGUGGACAUGAGUGACCGGGGCAUCUCCAACAUGCUGGAUGUCAACGGCUUGUUCUCCUUAUCCCACAUCACACAGCUGGUCCUCAGCCACAACAAGCUAACAAUGGUGCCACCAAACAUAGCAGAGCUGAAGAAUUUGGAAGUGCUCAACUUUUUUAAUAACCAGAUUGAGGAGCUGCCCACACAGAUCAGCAGCCUUCAGAAGCUGAAACACCUGAACUUGGGCAUGAAUAGACUAAACACUUUGCCUCGAGGAUUUGGCUCUCUCCCAGCUCUUGAGGUCCUUGAUUUGACUUACAACAACUUGAGUGAACAUUCUCUUCCCGGAAACUUCUUCUACCUUACCACCCUGCGUGCACUCUAUCUAAGUGACAACGAUUUUGAAAUCCUGCCGCCAGAUAUUGGGAAGCUCACAAAGUUGCAGAUACUCAGCCUUAGGGAUAAUGACCUGAUCUCGCUGCCUAAAGAAAUCGGGGAGCUUACUCAGCUUAAGGAACUCCACAUUCAGGGGAAUCGCCUGACCGUUCUGCCCCCAGAACUAGGAAACUUGGAUUUAACUGGUCAGAAGCAAGUGUUCAAAGCAGAGAACAAUCCCUGGGUGACCCCAAUUGCUGACCAGUUCCAGCUUGGCGUGUCCCAUGUUUUUGAAUAUAUCCGUUCUGAGACGUACAAGUACCUCUACGGCAGACACAUGCAAGCAAACCCAGAACCACCGAAGAAAAAUAAUGACAAAUCGAAAAAGAUCAGCCGGAAACCCCUGACAGCCAAGAACAAAUAAAGGGUUGGCAUGGGCUGAACUUCUGGUUGCUUCUCUCAUUAUGACUUCUAUUCUCUGUUACUGUAUUCCACAAAUAAAUACCGUGUGUGUGUGUGUGUGUGUGUGUGUGUGUGUUGUUGUUGUUUUUCCCUCUUUCUAGCACUCAUCACUUUACUUUUUAAAUGCUUUUGGUAGGUGGUAGAUUUUUUAUAAAUUCUUAAAACCAUUUCCAUUUGUUUGCUUAAAAAUGCCAAAGGCAGGAAACAAAGCUCUAAUUCAACUGCAAAUUCCAUAGUAGGCACAGAGUUCAGUCCCUUGAAUAGACGUUCACAAAGUUGCGUAUUAUCAAAAGAAUAAUUAAAACCAUGUGAUCGCUUAAAUGUCACAGUUAACACCAUUCACUCUUCUGUUUAUUCACACAAGUCAUUAUUUUGCUCUGUUAAAAGCUUUCUGUAACCAUCGAGAUAUUAUGUUAAAUAACAAAUAAUUUUUAAUAAAAUCUUAAAUUUGUAUUACAUGUUGCCUCUUGAAUAAAGCACGGCCUGAUCUUAGGGUGUGCACAUCCUCGUUUAUUUUCUUCCCCCCUAAACGAUCCCAUCUGAACUGUAUUGGCUGUAGAUGGUAAACUCUAGAACAUUCUGGGAAAGAAAUUCAAAAUUACAUCAGAGUUGGUU